CCCUAGUCCCUAGAGGAAUACUGGAACUCAAAUUGAUUGUCGACGUUAACAAUGAUGUUCCACCAGCAAUAAUAAAGCAUUAUUAUCGAUUGCUUUUGAAUAAUUAUUUAAUUUCAUGGCAACUUCGAGACCUGCACCGAAGGUUAAUAUUUUGAGGUUAAACUCUCCCCUCGGGCUCGUCGAAAAUCGACCCUUGGCAUUUGCGAGAGUGGAUUGAUAAACACCGCAAUGGUCUUACGUAAUUUCUGAUAGAAAGGUUAAUCAUCGGGUCACCGUGUGAGAAAUUAAGGCCGCAGGAACAGGCCAUAUCCUACUUGAGUCGAGUAAACAAAGAAGUGAAAGAAAAAUGCCUCAAAAUCAGAAGAAGCCGUACUACGUUGGAGCCAUUGACGAAGGUACCAGCAGUGCUCGAUUCUUGAUAUUUGAUGUUGCAAAAAGAAAGGUAGUGACUUCCCAUCAAAUCGAGAUAAAGCAGAAGUUUCCUCAAGAAGGAUGGGUGGAGCAGGACCCGAAGGAGAUUCUGAGUGCGGUAAUGGAAUGCAUCGCGAAGGUGAUGGUGAACCUGAAGGAUCUGGGAAUUGAUAGUUCUGAUAUCAAGGCUGUGGGCAUCACAAAUCAGAGGGAAACAACUGUUGUCUGGGACAGAAAGACUGGGGAGCCCCUGCACAACGCCAUAGUUUGGUUGGACAUGAGAACUACUACAACCCUCGAAGACGUCAUGGACCAGAUUCCAAACAAAACUAGAAACAAGAAUUACCUGAAACCCAUUUGUGGUCUUCCCCUGUCUCCUUACUUCAGUGCGCUAAAAAUCAAAUGGCUCAUCGACAAUGUUCCCAAAAUCAAGCAGGCAGUCGAUGCUCAGAAUUGUGCUUUUGGUACGAUUGACACGUGGCUCAUAUGGCACUUGACGAACGGAAAGCUCCACAUAACGGACGUCUCCAACGCCUCCCGGACGCUCCUGAUGAACAUCGAGACCCUAAAAUGGGACCCCCUUCUCUUGAAGUUCUUCAGCGUUCCCGCACACAUGCUCCCGGAGAUAAAAUCCAGCGCAGAAAUUUACGGCACAAUUUCCAAUCCCAGCUGCCUCUCAGGAGUCCCCAUAUCCGGCUGUGUUGGUGAUCAGCAAGGGGCUCUCCUAGGCCAGCUCUGCCUGAAGCCCGGCCAGGCCAAAGCCACCUAUGGCACCGGCUGCUUCCUCCUUUACAACACAGGAACCGUCAAAGUCGACUCAACCCAGGGACUGAUAACAACAGUCGCCUACAAGUUCGGAAAAUCACCGGCUGUUUAUGCCCUCGAGGGAUCUGUUGCGGUAGCUGGGGCCGCCCUAUCCUGGCUGAGGGACAAUAUGCAGUUGAUCAGCAACAUCGCCGAGACGCAGAAGAUGGCAGAGCGUGUGAAGAACUGUGGAGAUGUUUAUUUUGUACCAGCAUUUUCAGGACUCUACGCGCCCCACUGGCAGCAGGACGCGAGGGGAGUAAUCUGUGGGAUUACCGAGGGCACACAGCAGUAUCACAUAAUCUGGGCGGCUUUGGAGGCUGUCUGCUUCCAGACGAGGGACAUUCUGGAGGCUAUGGUCAAGGACUCGGGGACUAAAUUGUCGGCUUUACUUGUUGAUGGGGGAAUGACUGUAAAUGACCUGUUGAUGCAACUACAAGCUGACUUGACUGGGAUCAAUGUCUACCGGCCGCACAUGGUCGAAUCGACGGCAUUGGGCGCUGCCAUUUUAGCCGGCAUUGGGGCUGGCCUGCUCGACGUUUCAGAAGUUGAGCCGUCGCAGAUGACCAAGUUCAGCUCGACCAUUGGGGAGGACGAGAGGGACCUGCGUUAUUCCAAGUGGAAGAUGGCUGUUGAGAGGUCCAUGAAGUGGGAUCUCUCGUCAAGUUUGGAAUAAAAUGGGGGAUUUUUGGGCUGAACCAGGGGAUAUUAUUGUACGUUGUCGAGUUGUACUUAUGUUGUUGAUGGGGGAAUCUAGCUUGUAGGUGGAUACCGUAAAUGGACACCAAUGGGGGGAAAUUAUACUGCGGAAAAAAAUGCUUUUGCCGAAUAUGGAUUUACUUCAGAAAAGUAUUUAUUUUUUUAAUACUUCUGUUCUGCAGUGGCAUCUUGAUUAGGCCUGAAUUAUCCAGUUUCUUCUACUGAUACGAACGAGUAACAAAAUGUAAACAUUAUUUUCAGUUUUGACCAUAUAUUGUUAUUUUCAAUCAUGUGAUAACAUUUUCUUGUAUAGAUUUUGUAUUCUAAUUUAUCUAUUGGAGAGUUUGCUUAGGCGUCUAUUUAUCGGUCAAGCUAUUCUGUUUAAAAGGUGGUGAUAUUUCAAUUUUUGAAAUUUUUUUAUGUGUCAUUUAAGGAGUGAUGGAGUUUGAUUGUUGUACUUUAAUGGGUGCUAAUGUCACAGGUACUUCAAAGUUAAUGAUGUUAACGCUUAAUCCGUACACACAUUUGUGAAAUUUUCUGGGUCACAGUCUUUCAUUUACUGCUCAGUUUUUUUAAGCUAAGAAUUGGACUAUGUAAAACUUUGUUGAAUAAGAUUGAAGAUAUUUUUUAUCACAA